AAGAGCAGGACAGUGUACUUAUGCCAAGGCCGCCUUCAAGCUACGCCGCCGCCGGCCCCUCCCCGACCACCAGCGGCCGCCGUCUCCAACCUCACGUACCACUUGCCCUCGGCCCUCGCUUGGGUUCCCUCGCCUUCCGCCGCCGUGCGGACAUGGAUUAGGUUAUUCUUUAGUUGGUUCUUCAUCUUCAGUGCGCAAGAUCGACACAGAGGACUUCUUGGUGCUCAAUCUAGGUGCGGGUGAAGCUUAUUUCCCCGAAUUUUGGGGGUUUCAACUGUUUGAAUCCCCACGCCCUGCGAAGUCAAUCCUUGCCAUGGCGUGCGCUGCUUACACUGCCAGGGGCCCUCUCAAGCUUGCUGCAAGGCACGGCACCAGUAAUCACUCGUGCGAUGGCUGGAAGUCUUCGGUAUCUUACCCUGUUUAUCAGGGGUGGAGUGGCAAUUGCCCUUCUGUUGCGAUACGGCAUGUGGCGUCCCAUUGCCACGCGAUUGUUUGGGCUUCCGCAAGGUGGCACUUGAACCCAAAAGCUUCAGGAACCGUUGCUGGCAUUGUUUCUGAUGAGAGGAUAACCGUAUUGGUCAUUGGUGGUGGAGGAAGGGAGCAUGCUCUUUGUUAUGCCUUGAACCGUUCCCCAUCUUGCAGUGUGGUUCUAUGCGCCCCUGGUAAUGCCGGUAUUGCUCAGUCCGGGGAUGCGACCUGUAUAUCAGAUUUAGACAUUUCCAACAGUGAUGAUGUUAUCUCAUUCUGCCGCAAGAAGGGAGUGGGAAUGGUUGUAGUGGGUCCUGAAGCGCCUCUUGUCGCAGGUCUUGCGAAUGACCUUGUCAAAGUUGGGAUACCAACCUUUGGUCCAUCAUCAGAGGCUGCAGCAUUAGAAGGAUCAAAGGACUUCAUGAAAAAAUUGUGUGAUAGGUACAAUAUCCCAACAGCUAAGUAUUGCACGUUCACGGAUGCUGUGAAAGCUAAACAAUAUGUCAAACAACAAGGAGCCCCUAUUGUUGUUAAAGCUGAUGGACUGGCUGCUGGAAAGGGUGUGGUUGUUGCGAUGACUUUGGAUGAGGCUUUUGAAGCCAUAGACUCUAUGUUGGUUCAAGGCUCAUUUGGUUCUGCUGGUUCACGGGUUAUCAUUGAAGAAUUUCUUGAGGGUGAAGAAGCUUCUUUCUUUGCAUUAGUAGAUGGUGAAAAUGCUUUGCCACUUGAAUCAGCACAGGAUCACAAAAGAGUUGGCGAUGGUGAUGUUGGCCCAAAUACUGGCGGUAUGGGUGCAUACUCCCCUGCACCAAUAGUGACAGAAGAGCUGAAGGGCAUAGUUAUGGAAAGUAUAAUUAUUCCCACUGUUAAAGGUAUGGCAGCCGAAGGGUGCAAGUUUGUUGGUGUAUUAUAUGCUGGGCUUAUGAUCGAGAAGAAAUCUGGGCUGCCUAAGCUUAUUGAAUACAAUGUACGAUUUGGUGAUCCAGAAUGCCAGGUUCUGAUGAUGCGAUUAGAAUCCGAUUUGGCACAUGUUCUGCUAUCUGCAUGCAAAGGAGAAUUAGGCAAGGUUUCACUAACCUGGUCGCCCGAAAUGGCAAUGGUGGUUGUGAUGGCAAGCCAAGGAUACCCCGGUUCUUAUAAGAAGGGGACUGUAAUAAAAAAUCUUGACAAGGCUGAGCAGGUUUCUCCAGCUGUUAAGAUAUUCCAUGCUGGGACAGCUCUGGAUGGAGACGGCAAUCUUGUAGCUGUGGGAGGCCGGGUUCUUGGUGUCACUACCAAGGGCAAGGACAUUGGAGAAGCAAGGGAAAGAGCAUAUGGUGCAGUAGAUGCUGUUGAUUGGCCAGAAGGGUUCUGCAGGCGUGACAUUGGUUGGAGAGCACUGCGGCUUAAUCAAAUGGUUUAACUACCCAUGAGAUCUAUUCUGGAAAACCGCAACUACAGUGAGCUUGCAGUGUUAUGAGUAAUAAGAAGGGAAAUAGUGACAAUCACUGCUAUGGUUGUGGAAAGUCAAAGUAUUGCUAGUGUAACACUAGCACAAUUUUUAACACUUGCUGCUUUCAGCAUGAUUUGGUAGAUGUUUGAACUGAUCUUAUGUUCGCACUAACAUUUGAAUGAACGCUACCAUCAGAAUUCUGAGCUA